GUUAGCCACUCUGCUGCAGUGUGGCUUGUUAUGGUUGAGACAGUCAGAGACACACCCUGUCAGCUGAGGGAACAGACUGAGACCUGGCUAACUCCACAGAUACAGUCGCUCAGGAAAUGAACAGGCUUUCUACAGAAUAUCUGAUGUCACUGGUUUGGGUGCUUCCACAAGUCAGAACACCAGGCACACUUCUCCCAAAGCCAAACUUUAAUUCUCAGAAUCGCAGAACUCUCUCUCUCACACACACACACACACACACACACACACACACACACACACACACACACACACACACACACACACACAAGCAAACUAAUGCAACCAAUGUAACUCAUUACCUCACACACUCCACUUUCUCUUCCUCCUUUACCAUAAAUGUAAAGAAUCAUGCGUGAAUUCCCUCUGAAAGAUUCUCUGUGAGGUGGAGGUUACUGGAGGAGGGUAAAUAGAAACAGCUACAGUGUUGCCAGUAAGACCUCGUGCCUGUGACUUCAGCAGAAAUCCAACCCAGAUGCAUGGCACGCUACCUGCUCUGCUUCUCAGCAAGGAAAAAGGAUCAGCAGACGAGGUUCAAAUAUACCUGCUGUUUAAUGAGCUUGUGUUGACAAUCUAAAGGCCCUAUGAUGAUUGGCUGCUACACUCCUAGAUUAUAAAUAUUCUGCUGUUACUGGUAACCCAAGUAUCUCAUAUGGAGUGCUAUUAGUGCCAACAGAAAUUUAACUGAAUUAAAUGUUGAUUAAAUGUAUGUUGUCACUUUAUAGUCCCAGAUACAUCUAGGUGGGUUAGACGUAGUACUAGAGGGUUUGGUCCAGGUCUACAGUAUAUCUCAAUGGGUUUGGUCCAGGUCUACAGUAUAUCUCAAUGGGUUUGGUCCAGGUCUACAGUAUAUCUCAAUGGGUUUGGUCCAGGUCUACAGUAUAUCUCAAUGGGUUUGGUCCAGGUCUACAGUAUAUCUCAAUGGGUUUGGUCCAGGUCUAUAGUAUAUCUCAAUGGGUUUGGUCCAGGUCUACAGUAUAUCUCAAUGGGUUUGGUCCAGGUCUACAGUAUAUCUCAAUGGGUUUGGUCCAGGUCUACAGUAUAUCUCAAUGGGGUUGGUCCAGGUCUACAGUAUAUCUCAAUGGGUUUGGUCCAGGUCUAUAGUAUAUCUCAAUGGGUUUGGUCCAGGUCUACAGUAUAUCUCAAUGGGUUUGGUCCAGGUCUACAGUAUAUCUCAAUGGGUUUGGUCCAGGUCUACAGUAUAUAUCAAUGGGUUUGGUCCAGGUCUACAGUAUAUCUCAAUGGGUUUGGUCCAGGUCUACAGUAUAUCUCAAUGGGUUUGGUCCAGGUCUACAGUAUAUCUCAAUGGGUUUGGUCCAGGUCUACAGUAUAUCUCAAUGGGUUUGGUCCAGGUCUACAGUAUAUCUCAAUGGGUUUGGUCCAGGUCUACAGUAUAUCUCAAUGGGUUUGGUCCAGGUCUACAGUAUAUAUCAAUGGGUUUGGUCCAGGUCUACAGUAUAUCUCAAUGGGUUUGGUCCAGGUCUACAGUAUAUCUCAAUGGGUUUGGUCCAGGUCUACAGUAUAUAUCAAUGGGUUUGGUCCAGGUCUACAGUAUAUCUCAAUGGGUUUGGUCCAGGUCUAUAGUAUAUCUCAAUGGGUUUGGUCCAGGUCUACAGUAUAUCUCAAUGGGUUUGGUCCAGGUCUACAGUAUAUCUCAAUGGGUUUGGUCCAGGUCUAUAGUAUAUAUCAAUGGGUUUGGUCCAGGUCUACAGUAUAUAUCAAUGGGUUUGGUCCAGGUCUACAGUAUAUCUUAAUGGGUUUGGUCCAGGUCUAUAUCUCAAUGGGUUUGGUCCAGGUCUACAGUAUAUCUUAAUGGGUUUGGUCCAGGUCUAUAGUAUAUAUCAAUGGGUUUGGUCCAGGUCUACAGUAUAUCUUAAUGGGUUUGGUCCAGGUCUAUAGUAUAUAUCAAUGGGUUUGGUCCAGGUCUACAGUAUAUAUCAAUGGGUUUGGUCCAGGUCUACAGUAUAUCUCAAUGGGUUUGGUCCAGGUCUAUAGUAUAUCUCAAUGGGUUUGGUCCAGGUCUACAGUAUAUCUCAAUGGGUUUGGUCCAGGUCUAUAUCUCAAUGGGUUUGGUCCAGGUCUAUAGUAUAUAUCAAUGGGUUUGGUCCAGGUCUACAGUAUAUCUCAAUGGGUUUGGUCCAGGUCUACAGUAUAUCUCAAUGGGUUUGGUCCAGGUCUAUAUCUCAAUGGGUUUGGUCCAGGUCUAUAGUAUAUCUCAAUGGGUUUGGUCCAGGUCU